AUGAACAAUCAAAAUGCAGAAAAUCCUAACGCACAACCGGAUUUAUUGAAUGCAGGUGACGUUGUUGCCGAUCGCUUUAUUGUCGAAGAAAAAAUUGGACAAGGAAGUUUCGGGCAAAUUUAUAGAGGAAACGAUAAGUUCAGUAAACGCACAGUCGCUGUGAAAGUCGAACCGGAACAAAAGGGAGUCUUAAGUGGCUCACCCAAUGACCCACGCCGUUUAGUCAUCGAACAACAAGUUCUUUUAGCUUUGCGUGAAAAGAAAAACAUCCCAGAAAUAUACGCCAGCGGUAAAACGUGCGGAAACUGCCCAUAUAUUGUAAUGCAAAUAUUAGGAAAGAAUCUGACAACACUACGAAAAGAAAGAAAGGUACCGAAGUUUACUGCAUCAACGGCUUUCCGAACUGGCGAACAAAUAGCUCAUGCGCUGCAGUAUCUGCAUGAAUCAAGGUACAUACACCGUGACAUUAAACCUUCAAAUUGCUGUAUUGGCGUUCCACCUUUCAGUGGUGUCAUAUAUCUCGUUGACUUUGGAUUGUGUAGGAAAGUAUCUGAUGCACAAGGCAUGUGGCACGUUUCAUUACCCAAGUCGAUAUUUAAGGGAACUUUACGAUACGCUUCCUUAAAUUCAAUCAAGACCCGCAGAUGUGGUCCAUCUGAUGAUCUCAUUGGGUGGACUUACUCUAUAAUUGAAUUGGCACUAUCAAAACUACCGUGGGCAAGAAGCACACCACGAGAAAUGAUACGCCAAAAGGCAAGCAUCACAAGUGAAGAGCUUUGUGCUCAGAUGCCUGCACCUUUUCUGCAAGCUUAUAAAUACGCGCUUAGUUUGAGACCGACUCAGAUGCCUAAGCACGCUUUUUUUAAUGAAUGCCUGAAACAAUGCAUUCCAUUGGGGGUCAAACCAAAUGACCCAUACGAUUGGGACAUUUGCACUUACAAUGUGUGA